AUCAAUUGCCAGGAUAUAGUGUUAGAAGAUGUAGAUAUUACCAAAGCAUUAGUUGAAUAUGUCAAUCAAGAAGUCAUAGAGACUCUGGUGCUUGGUGCUCCUUCAAAAAGUGGACUUUUCAAAUAUUCCAGGAACUGUGGCGAAAAAAAUACCAGAUUUUUGUACAGUAAGAUUUCCUCUGCGCGAUCUGCUUCCCGACCAGCACCUGGUUCCUUUCAAAUUCAAAAUAAUACAUUAAGUGAUACGUCCCAGAUCAGUUUCACAUCCUAUAAUUCUGAGUCACUAUCAACCUCUCAUUUUGGGUCAACUUCAAGCCAUUCAUUCGAUUCACAAAGUAGCUCAUACAAUGAAAUGGACUUC